AUGUUCUCCAGAACGGCACAGCCUGCUCGGACUCUGCUCCGCAGCGCUUCCGGAGCUUCGUCUCUCGGUCGCUCUGUUCCCGCCAGAACCUUCGCCAGUGUUCAGUCGGACAUCUUCAAGCCCACCAAGUAUGGUGGCAAGUACACCGUGACCCUCAUCCCUGGUGACGGUAUUGGUGCUGAGGUCGCUGAAUCGGUUAAGACCAUCUUCAAGGCGGACAACGUGCCCAUUGAGUGGGAGCAGGUCGAUGUUAGCGGUGUCGACGCCGGUAAUAAGCACUCCGAGGAGCUUUUCCGCGAGUCCCUGGCUUCCCUGAAGCGCAACAAGCUCGGUCUGAAGGGUAUCCUCCACACUCCUAUUGAGCGCUCGGGCCACCAAUCCUUCAACGUUGCCCUGCGUCAGGAGCUGGACAUCUACGCCUCCAUCUCUCUGAUCAAGAACAUCCCCGGUUACGAGACUCGCCACAAGAAUGUCGAUCUCUGCAUCAUCCGUGAGAACACUGAGGGAGAGUACUCCGGCCUUGAGCACCAGUCCGUUAACGGCGUUGUCGAGUCCUUGAAGAUCAUCACCCGCGCCAAGUCCGAGCGUAUCGCCAAGCCAACAUCAUGA